UCUGUUGACAAAGUGUGCAGUAUAAAACAGCAUUUAUUAGUACAUGAAGUAGGUGAGCUGUUCGGGAUCUGAUUCAGUUACAGUUUAUAGAGAAAUGUGGGCUGAUGUAUUGAAUCUGCUACUGCUUUUCCCGGCUCUGGGACUGGCGCUUCCAUUUGGACAAAACAACACCGAAACGUCCAUUUUUGUCUGUGAAAGUGAACCGGAUGUGGAUGCAAAUAUUAUCGAGAUGUACCUCUCUCCCACUUCAGGACUAGGGACUCGCAACUUUGUGCUGAACAAGGCUCGACGAUGGACUCACGGAAUCGUUCCUUAUGAGAUUGAUCCUUCAUUUUCCGAAGCCCAAGUGGCGAAAAUAAAAGAUAAGAUAAAAUUGUUCUCUGAUGUCUCUUGUGUGAAGUGGGUUCCACGCUACACUCAUAAAGAUUAUGUGAAGUUUUCUCACUUCUAUCACAAGGAGACGUGCAACUCUCUGGUGGGACGUAAAGGUGGUGAACAGGUAAUAAACCUGGGAGACGAGUGCUUCAACGACAACGGCUUCCAAGGCGCUAUACCCCACGAGAUGAUGCAUGCCCUCGGGUUCGUACACGAGCAUCAGCGGGUGGACAGAGACUGUUUCGUCAAGGUGACUCAACAAGCCUCCUUGACUGAACGGGCAGACUUUGGUAUAAAACAGAAUACGGACUACGGAUUUCCAUAUGACUUUAGAAGUAUCAUGCAUUAUGGUGCCGGAGUCAAUAUGAAGGCACUGCGUGGGGAUAUAUUAGGUAAUUUUGAUGGGAAGUUCACAGAGCUGGACAAGAUGAAGCUAAACAACAUGUACUGUGGAGGUCCAACUUACUGUAAGCAGUAUCCUCAGCCGUGUGCAGUGUUCCAGUGGGCGCAGAAGAAGUGCUCACCUAGCUUCUCUAACCCUUAAUUUUACUCAUAGAAUAUUCUAUACAUUCUAUUAGAGAAUUCUACAAAUAUACAGGUCUCGAGGUCACAAUAAAUAACAUGGCAGCUGUCAAUCAGUUUUAAUGUUGAUCUGAAUAGUUAAGCCUUGCUUUAUUUAUUUAUGAUAAUGGAUUGAAAAACAACAAAAAAUAAAAAAAUAUUGAUAA